UAAAUAAAGGAGGCUAGAGUCCUCCCAAGCUUUCACUUCGUCAUUCCUUUCCCUUGUAAUCGGUUUGUCUUCUUUUUCCUCAAUUCCUCUCAUCUUCUUCUUUUUCAAUCUCAUCGAUCGGCUCCCACCCAGUUCCAAGUGUAGGACAAGAGAAGGAGGGUUUGGAAACAUAGAGGAAGGAAAAGAUGUCGGGCAUGGGAGAUGGAUAUGUAGGCACAGCCCAAGAUGCCGUGAGGAUCCGAAGACUCGAAAAGCAAAGAGAAGCUGAGCGCCAAAAAAUUCAAGAGCUCAAAACCAAGUCAGCCUCUGAAAAAGGCCAGCCAGGUCUCCUCCAAUUUGGGUCAAGUACUUCUGAGAUUCUUGAGACAGCAUUUAAGAAGGAAACCGUUGGUUUGGUUACAAGGGAGCAAUAUGUUGAGAAGAGAGUAAAUAUUCGAAACAAAAUUGAGGAGGAAGAGAAGGAGAAACUUCAGAAGCUUCAGCAAGAGGAGGAGGAAUUUCAAUUACAAAAGCGUAAGAAGAGGAAGAUAAAGGGAAGUUCUCGAUUGUCCUUUGCAGAAGACAUGGAGGAUGGAAGUGAAGAGGAAGAUGGAGAAAAUAAAAGCUCAGAGGCUACAAGAGUCUGGUGUGGUAGACUUGGGAAAGAUCCUACAGUGGAAACUAGCUUUCUGCCAGAUAGUGAGAGGGAGGCAGAGGAACAAGCUGAGCGUGAAAGGUUGCGGAAACAGUGGCUUGUUGAGCAGGAUAAGAUACGAAAUGAACCACUUCAAAUUACUUACAGCUAUUGGGAUGGAACAGGGCAUAGAAAAGUGCUCCAGGUAAGAAAGGGUGAUAAAAUAGGAGAUUUUCUUCGGGCUGUUCAACAACAACUUGCACCUGAGUUUCGAGAGGUGCGAACCACCUCAGUGGAGAAUUUGUUAUAUGUAAAAGAAGAUCUUAUCAUUCCACAUCAGCAUAGUUUCUAUGAGCUAAUUGUAAACAAGGCCAGGGGCAAAAGUGGACCACUUUUUCAUUUUGAUGUGCAUGAGGAUGUGCGAACAAUUGCUGAUGCUACGAUAGAGAAGGAUGAGUCUCAUGCUGGGAAGGUUGUUGAGAGGCAUUGGUAUGAGAAGAAUAAGCAUAUCUUCCCUGCUUCUAGAUGGGAGAUAUAUGAUCCAACGAAGAAAUGGGAGCGUUAUACUAUCCACGGGGACUGAGUACAUAUAACAAACAUGGGGGACUACUUUUUUCGUAUGCUGCACAACAUUAUUUAGUUGUUGGGCUCAACUUUUGUACCAGUAUUCAUGUAUAAAUUACACUAAAGAACUUCUGGUGGUGAGGGUUGAGAUUCUGUUAUGCAGUUUUUCUUAACUAAGUGAUCAACAUACAGAUCAGGCAAAACAAUUCUUUUAGCAGAUUGUAGAUGGCAUCUGUUUUGCUCAUCUAUUUUGGGAUUGUAGUAUAGAGGAAUCUGCUAUAAGCAUCAUUCAUUUACAACUCAAUUUCUUCAAGAUUCUCCUCUGAAAAAUACAUAGAUGCUGUUUUGCUCAGCUACAAA